UUAAAACUUUUCAAGGCCUGACGCGCUCUCUACCUAUUUCUGUCGCCUCAAUAACGCUGUUAAUGUAGGCCUGCUGCGUUUCUUAGCCCAAUUCUGCCAUCUCGACCUCACAGUGCACAGUAAGGUGGACCAAUGUUACUCUACACAUGGAGACUUACAGGAUGACCCGGCGGGUGUUUUACUAGGAUUAUCAACUGGGCAGGAGACAAGCUGGUCGGUGUGAUGAAGGAUCGAUUGACUGAACUGAAUGCUAGUAGGACAGGAGCAGAGGAGGACGUUGCAGUCGCAGUGGACAGAGAUGGCUUCAUGGAGAGCUUCUUCAGAAGGGUAGAAGAAGUCAGAGGACUCAUUGAUAAUAUAUCCUACCAAGUGGAAGAGGUGAGGAAGAUCCACAGCAGGAUCCUGUCUGCACCCAACCCUGAUGACAGAACAAAGGACCAACUGAAUGCACUGACAAAUGACAUCAAAGGGAAUGCCAACGUGGUGCGAACUAAACUCAAAUCAAUGGAACACAGUAUGCCCAAGGAUGAUGCAGCUAACAGAUCCUCUGUUGACUUCAGGAUCCAGAAAACACAGCACACAGUGCUGUCCAGGAAAUUUGUGGAGGUCAUGACCCAGUACAAUGAGACUCAAGUGUCCUUUCGGGAAAGAAGCAAAGGAAGGAUCCAGAGACAGCUAGAGAUAACUGGAAGAGUGACCACCAAUGAAGAACUGGAGGGCAUGUUAGAAAGUGGGAAUCCAUCUAUCUUCACAUCUGAUAUCAUUUCUGAUUCCCAGAUCACACGUCAGGCCCUAAAUGAGAUAGAGUCACGACACCAGGACAUCAUGCGUCUGGAGUCGAGCAUCAGAGAGCUCCAUGUGAUGUUCAUGGACAUGGCCAUGCUGGUAGAAACUCAGGGGGAUAUGGUUAACAACAUUGAGAAAAACGUCUCCAAUGCAGUCGAAUACAUUUGUAGUGCAAAAGAAGAGACCAAAAAAGCAGUAAGAUACCAGAAAAAAUCCCGGAGGAAAUACAUUAUCCUUGCCUUUGCUCUGUUGAUCCUGCUUGCUGUCAUUGCACUAAUUGUUGGCCUGUCUGUUGGACUAACCAAACCCCCUGUUUGAGAACUACUGUAAAUGUCUCAGCCUUGCCAUGUGUGGGGUUGCAGGUUUACUCCUUUUACUCAUCAUAAUAGUUGGAGUCUAUGAGUGAUGGGUUCCAUGGUUCACACCCUCACCACAACCUGUAGUGAUGAAACUUAGAACAUUUAUUAUCCAACAGCAAUACAGAGAGGAUCACAUGACCACACUGACGUAGGCAUGAUGUCCGUGAUUCACUUUGCACCAGUAAGAUCAGACCUCAUGAUAUGUUCUGGAGCAAUUCUAUACAGCUAGAACAAACCAUCCUCAGGACACAUCCCUUUACCUUGGCAGUGGUAUAAUGAACACUGACAGCACAUCAGAUUUAUACAAUGCUGUGUGUUCUGUAUAGAUGCUGUUUUUGCGCGUUAAGUAUCACUCUAAGAUAUUUCUUGCUCUAAUGACUCUAACAGACUAAUUUGAAUUUUUUUACAUUUUUUUAUAUUUUUCGGUAAUAAGCUUAUUCGCUUUCUUGCCUUGAAAGAAGAUCGAUUCCCCUCAUGUCUGUACGGUAAAUAUAAAGCUAUCACCAGCUGCUAGUUAGCCUGGCUUAGCAUAAAGACUUGAAACAGAAAAAACAGCUAGCCAAAAGCAAUAAAUAUGGCAUGUUAAGGUCUCACAGGGGGGUUAUGAGCCAAACUAUUUCUUGGCUAGACGUAGUGACUUCCUGGAGUCUUGUUGUCAUUGUGUGGUUGCCAGGCAACUAGCAGGAGCUCCAGGAAGUCACAACUCCAUGCAGAUAACCCCACA